UGCAAAGACACUCGUGACCCCACUCGCUAGUCGCUAAUCGGUUGCCUCGCUUCCAUCAACCUUACUACUGUAGGGCAACUGACAUUCCAAUGGCUCCACUGUGCUCCAAUGGCUCCACUGUGGCUGCCGCCGCCGCAGUCGUAUCCGACGCCUUCCACGAAGGUUCCCUGCUUGACUUUACCCCGUCCCCUCCGACGCAAUCUUCUACCCUCCACCGCCGCUAUCCCAAUUUGGUCCCUUUCCAUCGUCUCCAUGUUUUCUCCACUGCAAACCUACCAUAAUCGUCAUCAUCAACCGGAUAAAGCUUCGAUUUUUACCGACAGUCAGGCAUGGCCGGCACGCCGGAGGAGUUCCCGGUGCAGGGGGGCCCCGAGCCUGAGCCGUUCUCCCCCUCCGUCUUCCUCGACCUUCCUCCGACGCCAAGCGAAGAGGACCCGCCGGCCUCCACGGACGACCUCGCGCUAACCUUCAUCUCGCGCAUCCUCAUGGAGGAGGACAUCGACGAAAAGUUCUUGUACCACUACCCCGACCACCCAGAGCUCCUCCAGGCCCAGCAGCCAUUCGCGCAGAUCCUCUCCGAUGCAGGCGCCUCCUCCGAUUUUUUCGCCACCAACAACGAUGGAAGCGGCGCCUGCACCCUUCCGCCAUCCUCGGACGUCCCGGCGUUGGCCAACACCACCUGGCCCUUCGAUCCAGUCGAGUUCCCCCAGCUGUUCCUGUCCUCGCCAUGCCCAGACAUGGGAGUGGGAAUCGGCGAGUUCACCGCAGAUGAUGCCAACCGAUUUUUGUUGCCCCAACAAGACGCCGCCAGCGCGAGAUUUCAGAGAGCGGACAAGGCCAGCUCGUUCCGCAAUUGCGGCAGCGCUGGCAUCCAAUGUUCCGAGUUGUUGGCUGGCCCCGAGGAGGAGACGACUACAUCGACCACCUCCUCUCCUCCUACCGGAGACAGGGAACACGGCGCGCUGGCGUCGACCUUCUUCAGUGGCCAGAACAGGGUAAACAUAGACAUGCUCAACCAGGCGUUCCUCAGGGGCAUGGAGGAGGCCAAAAAAUUCUUGCCGAUUGACAGCAGCCUUCUCGUCGAGGCUCGAGGCUGCAAGCCACCACAAGUCUUUAUCCCAGGCCAUGCGAGGAAUGAAGACAAGGUGGACAGAAUGCUAACAUUCCAAGGAAUCAGUAAUGCCCGGGGCCGCAAGAAGUGGUGUAAUUGGCAGGACUUGGAGAGUACAGAGAUGAGCAGGAACAGCAAGCUGAUGGCGCUGGCAGAGUUGGAGGAAACAGAUGAGAUCAUUGAUGAGAUAAUUCUCAAUGAGUAUCGCUUGUGCCUCAAUGGAAUGCUGGGUCUGGACAUCACCAUGGAUAGCAAGGAUGGGAAUUUCGUCAGGAAGGGGAAUUGGAAGUCUGCGCUGAGAAGGCGGAGCCUGAAUGAGGCAGUGGACUUCCACACAUUGCUUAUCCACUGUGCACAGGCCAUUUCGACGGACGAUCGUUGGAGUGCAGCCAUGCUACUUGGGAAGAUCAAGCAGCAUUCCUCACCGAGGGGGGAUGCCAAUCAAAGGUUGGCACAUUGUUUUGCAGAUGGAUUAGAGGCACGACUGGCAGGCACAGGAAGCCAGGUUUACAAGUCGCUCAUGUCAAAGCGAACCUCGCAAGUGGAUAUCCUUAAAGCCUAUCAGCUGUACCUAACAGUUUGCUGCUUCAAGAUGAUGGCUUACAAGUUCUCCAACAUGACCAUUGCCAAUGUUAUUGGAGGGAGGAGAAAACUGCACAUUGUAGACUAUGGCAUGCGUGACGGGAUCCAGUGGCCAAGCUUCCUUGGCAUUUUGUCUACUUGGGAAGGUGGACCACCAGAGGUGAGGAUCACCGGCAUUGACCUCCCCCAGCCUGGAUUCCGCCCAGCUGCUCAUAUUGAAGAGAUCGGACGCCGGCUCAGCAAAUGUGCCCGACAGUUUGGCAUACCAUUCAAGUUCCAAAGCAUUGCGGCAAAGUGGGAGAUGGUUUCUGUUGAUGACCUGAACAUUGACCCUGACGAGGCACUCAUCAUCAAUGGUCUAUUUGAUUUUGGGAACUUGAUGGAUGAGGGUGUUGACAUAUAUAGCCCAAGCCCUAGGGAUAUGGUCCUCAAUAACAUCCGAGAGAUGCGGCCAGAUGUGUUUAUCUUUUGUAAUGUCAAUGGCUCCCAUGGCACGCCAUUCUUUGUAACACGGUUCCGAGAGGUACUGUUCUUUUUCUCGGCAUUGUUUGACAUGCUUGAUGUUACAGUGCCACGGGACAAUGACCGACGCUUGCUGAUUGAACGGGUCCUCUUUGGACGGUUUGCUAUGAAUGUCAUUGCCUGUGAGGGCUCCGAUAGGGUUGAGCGCCACGAGACAUAUAAGCAAUGGCAAGUGCGGAACCACCGGGCAGGACUAAAACAGCUGCCUUUGGAUCCAGAUAUUGUUAAGGUCGUGAGGAAUAAGGUCAAGGACAGCUAUCAUAAGGACUUUGUCAUCGAUAUGGAUCACCAAUGGCUCUUGGAAGGGUGGAAGGGGCGCAUAAUCUGUGCCAUGUCGACGUGGGUCGCAGAUGAUGCUUUCUCGGAACAUUAGUUGCUUUUCAUCAUUGAUUCUGAGAACAUGUUCAGCUACAAAGAGGUGUCCAGAUUCAAGAUUAAGUUCAGUUUCUGCAACUUGUGAUGAGCUGAUUUCGGGGACCCGCUUGGUGAACCAUAACAUAAGUCUAUAGUUGUUGGUUCUGAACGAAGGUUUCAUGCUGGUACAGUAUGUUCUGUUGUUAACUCAUUCGCAUCCAUCCUUUGUUUAUGUACUACAGCUUUUUAGAUGCAUGAUCAACAAAAGUAGUGGUGCACAAGUAUUCAGUUAGGCAGAUUAUGAAUAGUGAAUAGACCUUCAUUUAGUAACAUUAUUUGGGUUUAGUGUAUUAUGUGUCUGCCGGUUUCUCUUGUAGCAAAACGAUAUCUGUUUCA